GAUCGGGCAAAAAGCGCUAAAAAACAACGUCCUGCAUCCUUCAACGCGGAUAAGACCGGUCGACCAGCCAUCGCGAGGCUUAGUACUUGGUGAACCGUCCUCGAGCAGACCGCAUGUCGCGGGUUACUCAUUCCUUGGGCCUGCGGUGUUCUUUCACGGGGGUAGAAACGUGGCAUCGCUCGGAGGAAGCCUCCUCUAGCCAUGCAACCUUCUAUUUUUAUCCUCUUCGCCCUGUUUUCCUCCACGCUGUCGGAACCAACCAUAAACCAUGGAACACUCAAUGCAACGAAAAGUCCAACCGGAGAACCUUCGCCCACGUCGCUUCACAGAUACAACAACCCCAUGCACAAUCCAUUAAGCAGAAAGAACGAGGACGACCUCAGACCCAUUGAAACGCUAUUAAUCCCAGAAGAUCCGAGUCGAUACGCGGAGAUCUUGAACCACGUGAGAAAAGUGCUCGAGCCAGCUACGACUGAGUCGAAUCGCACGAUUUCGAAGGUCGAUUUCGCCGCGAAGAGGGUUGCAAUUCAAGAAACAACAAGCUGGGAUCUCGAGAAGGAGCAGCAACUCUCGAGGGAGGCGUCAGGAAACUCGGGAAAUACCAGUAGAGAAACACUCGCAGAGGAAGCGUCUUCUAAGGACGCUAAGGAUGAAUUUUUGAAGCUGAAAGGUCUUCGGGAGGGAGACAGGGAUUCUAGUUUCGCGGGUAACGAGGAGAAAUAUUUGCUGAGAAAUUCGGGGGAAGUUUCGUCGCGAAUUUCCACGGAGAAUAAUGGAGAUCAAGCAGAGCCGCUGGGAAGCGAGAAUCUUCGCAACGAAGAGAAAACUAUACCAGACGAGGAGGAUCUGUUGGAGGCUGCUAAUUUCGGGCUGGAGGCCAUGAGGAAUUUGUACUUCGUUACGGAGCCCACGCUGUACUCGAUGGGUCUUUAUCUCGACUCUGAUAACCCUGCAAAGUACGUGGCAGCAUUCAACGAUCAGACUGAGGAGGCAAGAACACUCGCGCAGUAUGGAUUCGCUGUACUUCAAGGUGCAACCAUGUUCAAGAAAAAAUUUCCAGACGUUACGACGGACUUACUUCUAUCUCGACGAAGUCAAAGCAAUCCAUUGGAACGUCACUGUCCAAACAGAGGAGUUCCCAACUGUCCAACCGCCAGUUUAAGAUACAGGACGUCCGAUGGAAGCUGCAACAACCUUCAGAAUCUCUGGUGGGGCUCUGCCAUGUCUCCUAUGCAAAGAUUCUUGCCACCUGUGUAUCACGAUGGAAUCCAAAGUGUCAGAAGAUCGGUUAUCGGAAGACCGCUUCCGAGUGCACGACAAGUGACCGCCGUGAUUCACGAAGAUAAGGACAUACCUCUAGCAUCUGUCACGCACAUGCUAAUGCAGUGGGGACAGUUCGUCGAUCACGAUUUAACAGCUACUGGCCAGAGCAGGGGCUUCAAUGGCACCAUACCACAAUGCUGUCUGAACUUCGGCACCGGUUUCCAGCCGCCGGAAUUUAUGCAUCCUGAAUGCCUGCCGAUAGCCGUGAACGUCCAAGACAGUUUCUUCGGUCCCCUGGGCGUGCAGUGUUUAGAAUUCAUACGAAGCGGUUCAGCCCCCAACGAAGACUGCAAAUUCGGCCCCAGGGAGCAGUUAACCCAAGUGACCAGUUACUUAGACGCGUCCACCGUCUACAGCAGCAACGCCUUUCAAACCGACAGUUUACGAUUAUUUCGGAACGGUUUAUUGCAAUACGGGAAGAUUCAGUCGCAAAGGCCAGUGUUGCCCAGACAGGAUUCCGACAUCUGCAGACGUGGAUCGUUAUCGACGAGCUGCUUCAGAGCGGGCGAUGGUCGACUCGGUGAGCAACCAGCCCUCACGUCGCUCCACGUGGUAUUCUUGAGGCUUCACAAUAGGAUAGCCACGAAACUUGCCGCUCUGAAUCCGCGCUGGAGCGACGAGAAACUAUUCCAGGAGUCUCGGAGAAUCGUUGGCGCCAUUAUCCAGCACGUCACUUAUCGGGAGUUUCUGCCGAUUGUUCUCGGUCCAGACGUGAUGAAAAUAUUCAAACUCGAGGUGCUCAAGAAAGGCUACUACGAUGGCUACGAUCCCACGGUGAAUCCAACCGUCGCCAAUGGAUUUUCUGCUGCUGCUUAUCGCUUUGGUCACUCCCUGGUCCAGCACAGCUUCGUCCGAUUCGAUAGCAAUCAUCAACCCAUCUUCAAUAACGUCACCAUUCACAAGGAGUUCAGCAACCCCGCAAAUCUCGAGACAGCAGGCUCGGUGGACCGUCUGCUCCUUGGGCUGAUCAAUCAGCCUUCCCAAAAAAGGGACGAGCACAUAACCGAGGAGCUGACCAACCAUCUCUUCCAAACUCCCAGGUUUCCGUUCGGAAUGGACUUGGCCUCCAUCAACAUUCAGCGCGGCAGAGAUCACGGAAUCCCUCCCUAUGUUCAGUGGCGAGUACCUUGCGGCCUAUCGCCGGUAACGAGUUUCGAAGACCUGGAGAGAGUGAUGACACCGUCCACAGCGAGAAAAUUCAAGCUCGUCUACUCGUCCGUGGAGGACAUCGACCUGUUCACGGCUGGACUCGCCGAGAAGUCUGUCACCGGUGGUUUGGUAGGUCCGACCUUCGCCUGCAUCAUCGGCCAACAAUUUAGCAACCUCCGACGAGGCGACAGGUUCUGGUACGAAAACCCUGGACAGGAGAGCGGCUUCACUCCUGGUCAGCUGCAGCAACUCAGACGCGUCAGCUUGGCUCAGAUACUUUGCACGACCGUGGACGACAUCGAGACUAUCCAACCCUUCGUCUUUCUCACCCAAGACACCCUGAGGAACCAGCGAGCGGCGUGCAACGAUCCAACGAUCGGGAAGCUGGACUUGGAAUUCUGGGCCGAGAGGCCGUUGUCUGAACUCAGAGGCAGGGCCGGGCUCCUGAACAUACUAAAGAGGAAACCUACGCCAGCCACCACUCCCAAACCCACCGCAUCCGUCGUGGAUCAGCACAAGAUUAUUUCUGUGAACACGAAGCCGUCGAAACCGAGCAUCUACCAACACAACAAGAUCGUUGUGAAAAGACCACUUGGCCAUCCUGACAAUGUCUCCAUCGUCGUGCAAAAUCACGCCGUCAACUCGCCUAUCUACGUUAACGACGCUAUUUACGGAUCCAGCGUAAACCUGGAUUCCCCUAUGAAACAACAAGCCAACGUUCCCAAACCAAUCUUCGACUACAUCAGCAACAGACCUCCGAAUUAUGUACCUCCGAAUUAUGUACCUCCGAAACCGGUACCCACAUCGUAUCCAUACGUGGCGCACGCAUUCACGGGGCGUCCUUACACUCCGCUUGCUUACGACGAUCCCAACAACCCGAAUCCUUUGAGUCAAGGGUUCCAGCCCUGGUAUCAGUCCAGCGACGUCGUCUUCGAGCGAUACCCUGCGACCAGUCCCAGGCCGACUUUGUACACGUACUACACGAACUUUCAGAGACCAACGACUCAGACACAUCACCAGGAUGGAUAUUUGGCCAAUCACGGUCCACAAUAUCAAGGAUCUCAUCCACCGCAGAGUUCCUGGCCCGGUCUCCAAGCACCAGCGGUUGGACAGCCGUCCAAACCCUCGUACGACACCCCGGAGAGUCAACAGUCGCAUAAUGGAAACUACGAAGUCGCCAAUUGGCAGAAACUGCAACAACAACAGGAUUUGAUGAAUCAAUUGAACAACCCUGGCUCCUGGGGCCCGCAGGGCUACCGUACUCGACCUAGCAGUUUACCCAUCGAUCAGCUAUCAAAGGAUCCUGUCGAUUGGAGCUCUCAAAAUGAUAGAUACGGAUCUGGUGGUAGACCAUUCGUAGAAGUGAAGUUGCCCGAAAGGAACGAGCCCGCCACGAGCGUGUCUUCUUAUCAGACAGAUUUGGCCGACGAAGCUAACGAUCGAUAUCAUUCGAGUAAACCUCCUUAUCAUACGCAAUCUAAUAGCAGACCGAUUCAGGCUGAUCCAGAUGGAUGGUCAGUUAUCCCAACUUAUCAGAAACAAUCUCAAUCUACCGGCAGACCUUUUAUCAGCCCAGCUGUUAAUAUUGACGAUUACGACGAUAUUCGUUCGAAAGUUCCUUAUGGGACUCCUUCUCUGAUCGGUGAACUUAAGAACUCGGAAUACCAAGGAUCGAGUAGACCUUAUACUCAGAGCGAUAACGAUGCUCCGUUUCAUUCGACUCCUGUCGUUAAACCUGUGCAGAUUUACGAAGCUACGAGUAAACCACUUCAAGAUCAACUCGAUGUCUCGUCCGGCGGUUCUCAUCAGAGUCACCCACGACCGAUACCAUCGAAGGUACAUAGCGUCACUAUCGUAACGGAGAGAGUGGAAACGUCGAAUCAAACGAGCUACGAGAUCGAUGAAAUACAGGACGAAGUCACCAGCGAAAUUCCAAAGCCACUGGAGUCUCGGGUUAGCGACCAUAGACAGGUGAUCAGAAGACAUGGGCAAUACUACUACGACAAGAACGUGUUGUAUCGAUACCCUGAUAAGAUGGAGGAUCUGGUUACGACGCAUAGAUACCAUUCGAUACAAAACGACGUCGCGCAAAGACACAACACGGGUUUCGGGGAAUCUGUUGACAAAUCCGUUAUCAAGGACUCCGUGGAGACCCUUCAAAUUGAUGAAGAUGAAAGCGAUACGAUGAUCACUGACGCAGCGAGUCAAAGGAGAAACGAAACGAGCGAUAGUAUGGAAGGCGACGACACGGACCACGAUCUUCGCGAGGCUUUAUCGGAAGAGACAACGACAAACAGAGAGAGCAGUUGGUUGAACCCGCAAGAGGACUCGAGUUUGCCAUCAGCUACGGAGGUGCCAAAAGUGCCAUUUGAUGACGCCACAGCUGCCAAGGAAUUACCCAAGCCUCUUAAACUCAGACGUCACGCUUCCUGAGUCUCCUUUCUAGAUUCCUCGACGAUGUUUUGAUUAGUGGCCACGUGGUUCAACAUCAUUAAGAAUGCUCUUAACAGUUUAUCUACCAUUUGUAGACUUCUUAAUUCCCGUGUUCACAUCCUGAAAUCUAUCGACUGUAUUGUUGAUUGUCUACUUGUAGUCUUCGAAUUGUGGAAACAAGCAAGGCUUUCGUAUACCUAGUGACAAUAUGAAGUUAAUGUUAUUCUAGAAUAACGUAUACUAAUGUAAAAAGUCCUUCUCGAAGGUUCUCUUCUAAGGCCUCCUCUACUCCCAUGUAAACAGACCAAUGGUUAAACUGUAGAGGUUUGCAACGAGAAUUGCGCAACAGCGGAACGGUAGUAUUUAUUGUCCCUUAGAAGAGAGAGGAUGUUCGCUGCGCGAUAAGAGUCUAUCGAUAGUUCGUAAGAUGCAAUUAUUUAUGAAACAGACAACGCGCGCAGACAAAUAGUCUCCGAUUACACAAUGACACGCUGUGCCAGCGCGUUUCUGAGGGGUCAGGUGGAACGUAGCCUAGUUUUCCGCCAAUUUUAAACCGGCUCGCUAUGCCUGGAACCACUCCGUACUAUUUUCAGAUGCAGUUCCCGAAUCACUGCGUUUCAUAUGCCGCGCGUCGACACCGGUAAUUUUAAUUGCAGGUGUAACCAUGACUGUUUCACCUCCCGCGUUCCCGAGAAGUCUCGUAUAAAGUAAAUCUCCUUAACACGUUGACCGCCACGUUCCUAUGCAGACUUUUCGCUAAGGGACUAAACAAAUUAAUUCCGAGGCGUUGGGAAACAUACAUCUGAAUAGAACUCAUAGAUAGAACUCGUCAAUUUGAUGUCACAAAAAUAAUUGGGUGCUACGACAAAUGUUGGAUUAAUUUCUUCCAAUCGCAGUGAUUCUUAUGUAUUUCCAAAGGUCACAGCAAAUAAGUAUCAAGUAGACUGGAAAGUAAUGUCGUUCCUUUUAUAUUAAAUUCGAACCAAUUUUUAAUAAAUUUCUAUUUUUCGUAAUUGUAUAAUCGUCCUUGUUAUCGACAACCUUUUGCCAUCUAGUGUCUAAAUUUUCAAUGCCAGAUAAAUAAAAAUGAAACAUAACAUUAAUUUGCAAUCCACCUAAUAUUAUGGCAAAUGUUAGAUUAUGUAGUCUCCAAUUGGUUCUAAAGUGUAUGCAUCAUACAAAUUUUUACGAAUAUCAGUCUGGAAGUUAACGUGUUAAGAGGCUUCCUACUUUCUUGUGUCAAAAAAAUCGAUUUUGUUCAUGGGACAGAUUCAUAGGGAUGAAAAGCACUCGGUAGUUUGUCUUUGUAAGCUAAAUGUGUUGUAUUCUUCGCAAUAAAAAUGAAUUAAAAAUGAUAUGUUAUAGUUCUCCAUCAUGUGGUAUCUUUCGGUAACUUUCUUUCUGCCAUUCUGUAGUAUUAUUUUU